AGGGCGUGUCUGAGGGGUCAGUUACAGCUCGUUAUAUUCACCCGAGGGGUCGGUGUGGCCCGCAUUGGCGACUACGAGUGCUUUCUCUUAUGGCCCAUCGCUUUCAUCAGACAAUACAGACACGAGUCGGUCAAAAAUAGCAAGAAUAAUAACAAUCCGGUUAUUAUCAGCCAAUCCAACAAUAAAUGCGCUAAAAGACAAACAGUGGUCACUCUGGAAGUGGGCCGGCGCUGUUCGACAGGAGAGGGCGUCUUCUCGUUCCGGACGAGUAGUGGUCAGGAAGUUAUGAGACAACUGAAGAGAGCCAUUACUAAUUGGGCUCAAUAUAAGGCCAACUGUCGGUCCAACAGCCGGAGUGUUGGCCUCAACGUCGACGGCGCCACCGCUGCCACGACUCAGCACAGGUCGCACCGGUAUAGUAGGUCCAGGAGUUCAGCGCCGUGUACUCCAAACAUGUCGGUAACGAUGUUGGAUACGAUGGGAGGCGGAGGCGGCGGUACCAGUGCUGCCGGUCUACGGACGACCACACCGUCGCCCCGAAAGCAAUUCAAAGUGCGAAGGGGUGACACCGAACCACCCCUUCCCGUCACCACUGCUCCCAAACUGACCAAAGACAAGAGCAGAUCCAUCGGCGAUGACGUCAAUUAUGUGAUACCAAUCUUUGAUGAUAACGAAGACGACGUGGUGUCGGAGCACCAGAAGUCUAAUGAAGGAGAUUAUAUCAACGGAUGUUAUAAAUCAAUGUCAUUGACUUAUCACAUGUCC